UUUCUGGUCUGCAGAUUGGAAUCGAUGCGAAACACGUGAGACUGCCGAACACGUCGACUCAGGAGGAGGUCUUGAGGAGCAUCCUGUCUGUCAACGAGAACCCGUCCGUCCACGGUCUGAUUGUCCAGCUUCCUCUGGACUCUGUGAACGCCAUCGACACCGAACUCAUCACCAACGCCGUCUCUCCAGAGAAAGACGUGGACGGUCUCAGCUGUAUUAAUGCGGGGAAGUUAUCUCGAGGAGAUCUGAACAACUGUUUCAUCCCCUGCACCCCCAACGGCUGCAUGGAGCUCAUCAGACAGACAGGCGUGUCUGUGGCGGGGAAACACGCGGUGGUCAUCGGUCGCAGUAAGAUCGUCGGAGCGCCGAUGCACGACCUGCUGCUGUGGAAUCACGCCACCGUGACCACCUGCCACUCCAAGACCCCCGACCUGCCAGAACAGGUGGGCCGGGCUGAUAUCCUGGUGGUGGGGGCGGGGCGAGCAGAGAUGGUGAGAGGAGAGUGGGUGAAGGAGGGCGCCGUGGUCAUCGACUGCGGGAUCAACCACGUCCCAGAUGAGUCGAAAGCGAGCGGUAAGCGGGUGGUGGGCGACGUGCACUACGCCUCGGCCAAUCAGAGGGCAGGGUUCAUCACGCCGGUUCCUGGAGGGGUCGGGCCGAUGACGGUGGCGAUGCUGAUGGAGAACACGGUGCAGAGCUCUCAGCGCUUCCUGCUCAGGAAACGCCGUGGCUGAGACGCCGCUGCUGAGCCGCCGCAGGACGCCUGUCAGUCAGAGUUCAGGGUCACUCUGUGCUCCGCAGCAGGAAGAGGAGGCCGUCGUCAUGGAAACAGCAGCAGAGACAUCCCAGCCGUGAGGUCGACAGGAAGUGAUCAAACAUCAGAUCCGUGCUUCGAUUAUUGAGUCAAAUCAAUAAUAAACUGAUCGAUCAUCAGUUUGUUAACAUCCUGACGAUCAAUGAAGUUUCACCUGAAAACAAUAAAAAAACUGACGUAUCUGACAUCUGACGUGUACAUUUAUGGUUCAAUUUAGAUCCGUGUUAAAUUCACCCAAAAUAAACAGACAUGAUGUCAUCACGAUGUCGUCAUGAUGUCAUGACUGACAGCUGUGAUGUCAUCGGUUAUUAAAGUGAUGAUUUUAUUUUUUCUUAACUUCAUGUUUCAGUUUAAUCAAU